AUGUCUUCCUCUCGAGGCUUCUCGAGGCGUCUUCGCCUCGUCGGCCUGUCUCUCCUCCUCCUCGUUUCCUUCGCUGCUCGGCUGCCGCAGUCGCCCUCUCCUUCCUUCUCUUCUUUCUCCUCAUUCUUCACACAUGUCGUUUCUCUCCCUUCGGCGUCUCUUCCGUUUGCGUUCCUUCCCCUUUCUGCUCCGUGCCUGUCCUCUGGGUUUUGGGGACUGCGAGGCACGGAGGCUUCGAAACCUCCCUUUCCUCUGGCCAUCGAGGCUGGUGAGACGGGGAAGAGAUAUCAGCGUCAAAUCCAGGUUGCGUCUUUCCUCACAGACGAGGAUUUUCGGCGUCUCUUUCAGCUGACGCAGGCGUUCGAGGCUUCGACUCUCCCUAGCGAAUUGUCGGCCUUCGUCGCACUUCGCUUCUUCUCUCCCUCCUUCGUUCCCCCUGCGUUCGCGUCUUCGCCGACUAUGCCUCGCCCUCUCGUCAAUGUUCUCUGCCAGCGAGUCCAAUCGCUCCUCGUCUCUGUCGUUUCUGCGGCGUCUCCUCUUUCUCCGCUUGCCUCACCUCCUCUUGCUUCUCGUGCUUCUCCUUCUCCGCUACCUGGCGAAGCGGCUCCCUUGUUGACCGUGGCGCAUUUGCUGCAGGCGCGGAGACUGAUGAAAUGCGAUUUCAAAAUUCCUCGCGGAGUCUCUGCGCGCCUCGCCGACGCCCUCGUCGCGCCCGCGCCCUCAGGCAAAUCGAAGGAAGAACGCGAGGCGCAGAUGAGGAGUUGGGUGGCUGCUCUGCUCAGCAUUGCCGAAGUCGAGGAAGCCGACGAAACGGAAGAGCAUCCGGAAGCGUCUCAGGAGAUACCUGUCUCUUCGUUCCUGAAGACGAAGAUGAAAAACGUGCAGUAUCUGGACCUUGCGCAGGCUCUCCUGUCUUCUCUCGAGCGACUUCGCAAAGAGACGGCUCAGAACAAGCGCCCCUCUGUGUCGGAUGCCUGGGGGAAGGAAAGUCGCGAGGAGGCUCUGCGUCACCUUCGCGCCUCAGCUGUCCUUGCGGUGUCGAGGAGUUUCUUGCCCCUGUUGCGAUCGCCUGCGACGACGCGGAACUCCACGUUUCUGCAGAGUGUGAAGAGAGGCCUGGCGCUGUUGGAAAGCGAGCUGAGCGCGGUAGUGCACCUGGAGGGAGAGGAGACAGAGCGAAGCGCGAAAGAAAUCGACUCAGAAGACAGGACAGCCGAGGAGCGAGACGCUCUGCGCCUCGGGCUGCUUAUGCAGGCCUACUUCAAUUCUGAUUCGCUUUCUCUCGAGGAUUCUUUCGUGGGAGGUCCCUCGCUGGGUCGGGGCUCCGUUCUCGGUAGUUUCGCGGCGAUUGUGGAAACGCCGGAAGUCGCCUCGACGGCAGUCGCAGGUUUCUUUCAGACUCUCGCGGGCCUCGGCGAAGCGGGCCUCGAGGCUGUCCUCCGAUUCCUCAAAACUGUGCCGCUCGAAGAAGCUGAACACGCCACCGCUCUCUUACCACUCCUCAACUCAGUCGAAACCGCCGCACAUGCUGGGUCGUUCGGUGUCGUUCAAGAAAAACUCCGCGCCUUGCAAAUCUGCGACGUCUGGGGCCGGGCAAUGCCCCCAGACGCGCUGGUGCACGUCGCGCUCUCUCUGCGAGCGACGCUCGAUGGCGAAGAAGAUGGCGACGAAGAGGCCACGCCCAGCGACAGUCUCUGGCCAAUUGUCGACAUCGAGGCGACGGUGGUGCCUGUUGCGCGGGAUGAGACCGAAACAGAGACUGAGGCGGAGACGCUGUUUCGGACUGGAACGAAACAGGUGCAUGCAAAAGAUACUCUUCUCGCAAAGACGCACGAGCUGCGCUUCACCGUCCAACUCGCGACGGACUGGCAAACGACGGGUCCACGAGGGUCGAGCACGGCCGCGCGCCUUGAGCAGGUUAGCCUGUUGCUUACGCUGAUCUCCGCAGACGAGAGCGCCGCAGAGAGCUCGUCGCAGGUGUAUUCCCGUCUCCUCAGCCGGCAGGUUGUUCUCCCUCUCGUGAACGCAAAGAAACAAAAGUAUCAACUGCAACUCUCCCUGGACCGGCAGCGCCUCUUCCCGCAGGUCACUGGCGUGUAUCGCUUUGAACUUUUGGUCGCAGAUCAGACGAUGAAAACUCCGCUGCGCCUGAACUUAUUCGACCAGAAGCUCGUCUUCUCCCGCCCUCUGAAGCUCCUCCAGAUCCCUACCGGCGACGGAGAUCGGGAAACGAAAACAAUCUUGCCUUUCGAGCAAGGCAUCUUCCCCGCCCCGUUGCUCUCUUGGGACCACUCGCCGCCUCCGAAACAGGCGUCUUUCCAGGCCGCCCUCGUCGGGGCAAUUUUGUGUUGCCUCCUUCCUUCCCUCGCUCUGUGGGCGCUGUGGUCCUUGUCCGCCGUCGACGUGCCUCGCAAAAUUGGCGAGCCGUCGACCGUCCAGGCCCUGUUCAUUGGCGCAAUCGUGGUCCAAGGCAUGAUCGUGGCGCUCUACUUCUUCUGUCUCGCCUUCCUUCAACUGCUGCCGAUUUUGGCAGUAUGGAUCGCCAUCACCUCCCUGAUUGGAUACCGAGCACUGUGUCAGGGGCGUGCGCAGCAACUGAACGAAUGCAUCUCUUUAAAAAAACAGACUUGA